AUGGCAGGCAAGAGGGCAAGAGCAUAUGUGAAGGCCAUAAACGCGACCCUGUUCUUUUCGAGUGCUACGUACAACAUCAACGAGUGUAAUGAGGGUUUCACGACGGUGGUUCCUCCGAGUGAUGUUUUUGAGGAGGGUGUCUCGGAGUGGCAGUUUUCUCUGGUAGGGCAAUUUAUUGGGUCUGCUCCCAAUUUUGGUUCCCUGCAAAAGCUGGUGGAAAUUAUGUGGGGGAAAUCAAUUGCAAAGGUUAGUAUUGAUGGUUCUAAACUUUACGUUUUCUUGUUUGCUAAUGGUGCUAGUCGUGACUGGGUUCUUGAGAAUGGACCCUGGCAUAUCCAGCACAAACCGCUGGUGCUGAGGAAGUGGGAACCCAAUCUGAAGCGCCUUGAUUUCAAUUUGGAAAGGAUGCCAGUGUGGGUUCAGUUGUAUAAUAUCCCUCUUGAGCUUUACUCCAAGAAAGGGCUUAGUUAUGUUGUUAGUGCCCUAGGUGUCCCACUAUAUAUGGACUCGAUUACAGCCUCCAAGGAGCGGUUAGAGUUUGCAAAGGUUUGUGUUGAAGUUGAAGCUGGUGUUCGGCUGCCUCGUUCUAUUGCAAUUAAGUUGCGAGAUGGGAUAGUCUGCUCUGUGAUAGUGGUGAUUCCUUGGUUUCCUUCAUGGUGCUCCAAGUGUAAGAUUUUUGGACACUCGGAUAAAAUUUGCACUGUUGGAGCUGAAUUGAAGGCUUCUAUGGAAAAGGAGAUUGGUGGGCUAAGUUCUGUUGUUGUUAAAGAUGUUCUUGGAACAGAUCCAGUGGGUGGUAUGGAUACUGCUGUGGUAUCUCUUAAGGGUCAGUCUGCUUCUGGACAAAAACUAAAGGCUGUUGAAGAAGAUAUGGUUACUGGCAGUGUGGGGAGGGUGGUUUCCAAGGGUGAUACUUCUUUACCUUUAGACCCUACUUCUCAUGUAGAGUUUGAAGUCUUGGGAUCUUUGGUAGAGGAGGAUGAGGGUAGGAAGCCAAGACUUGCAUCCCAGGGUGUUGCCAACAUCCUGCUGGAAAUGAAAAACAAGAAGAAAGACCAUCUUGAAAAGACAAAGAAGCUUGGUGAGCAAGUAGGAGAAACAAGAAUUAAGGAAAUUAGGGCCUUGGAUAUGGUUGCACAGUUUGAUAAGGAUUGGAGCUAUUGUUGGAACUACAGUUGCUUGGAUAAUGGUAGGAUCUGGAUCCUAUGGAGGAAGAAUUUGCUCUUCUCAGUUCUGAAAGUGGCUGAUCAGUCUGUUACUGUUCAGGGCUGCUUGGGUGGUAGAAAUGUAGUUAUUUCUGCUGUGUAUGGUAGUAACAUUGGUGCUUCUAGGAAGGAGCUAUGGAACCAGCUUGUUGAAAUUGCUGGGGGGGAUUUUAAUGUAAUUGCUAAAGAUGAGGAGAGUUCAAAUUAUGUAGAUGGGCACCUUACUUCUGAAAUGGAGGAUCUAAGAAAUUGUAUGGAUAAUUUGGGGCUUGAGGAACAUCCAUUUUUUGGGCCUACUUUCACCUGGUCUAAUAAACAUGAAGAGGGCUUCCUUGAUAGGAAGUUAGAUAGAGUGCUUGUUAAUGAUAAAUGGUGUGAGGCAUUCCCAAAUUCUCAUGUAGAGUUUCAAGCACCAGGUGUGUCUGACCACUGUUUGGCUGUUACUUGGUACUUCCAUGAAGGCCUUGCUUCAAGGCAAAAGCCAUUUAAAUACUUUAAUUUCUGGGCUUUACAUCCAGAAUUUAAGGUGGUUGUUGGGAAGUCUUGGACUGAGGCUGUGCAGGGGGACCCUAUGCAGGCUUUAUUCUACAAAAUGAAGAGGUUGAAGCCUGUGUUGAAAGCAUUCAACAGAAAAUGUUAUUCUAAUAUCUCUGAGAAAGUUGCUGAAAAGAGAGAACAUUUGGAGAAACAACAGGUAGUGGUUCUAAAUGGAGGGAGUCUUGAUGAUGUGGUUGUGGAAAAAAAACUGCAUCAAGAGCUUGUUGAAUUAAAAAAGGCUGAAAUGAUAUUCUAUCAGCAAAAAGCCAAGGUGGAUUGGCUGCUAGAUGGGGAUCAGUGCACUAAGUUCUUCCAUGCUCAAGUUGCUGUCAAAAGGAAAAGAAACACAAUUAGAGUUAUGGUUGAUGAGAGGGGUAACAAACUAGAAACUUUUGAGGCUAUGGCUGAAGAAUUGGUAAGUCACUUCACUAUGCAGAUUAGUUCUAUUGAUGAUAAUGUUCAAGGGUGUUCUGACAUAUUCCUAAGGGACCUGCUGGGGUUCACACUUCUUGAAGGUGCUGAUACUAAUUUGGUGAAAGCUGUCUCUAAUGAUGAAAUCAAAGUGGUCAUUUGGAAUCAGGGCAAGGAUAAAGCUCCUGGCCCUGAUGGAUUUACUGCUGCCAUUGCAUUAGUUCCUAAGCAACCCAAUUCCUGUAAAGCUGUGGAUUUUAGACCCAUAUCAUGUUGCUCAGCUUUUUAUAAAACUGUUACUAAGAUUCUGGAGCUUGUUAUGGGGUAUGGUAGAAAUUUUAUUUCCCCUAGAUGUGCUAUUAAAGCUGAUUUGCAGAAAGCUUUUGAUUCUAUAAGCUGGAAAUUUUUGCUUGCUAUUCUGAAGGGGUUAGGGUUGCCAAAGCAGUUUAUAAGUUGGAUAGUGGCUUGUGUUAUGGACUCUAGAUUCUCCAUUGUGUUGAAUGGAAGCCUUGUGGGGUUCUUCAAAGGUGGUAGAGGAGUUAGGCAGGGGGAUCCUAUGUCCCCCUACCUAUUUGUGAUAGCCAUGAACAUUCUUUCCAAGUUGCUUGGCAUUGCUGCCUCUGAAAAGAUUUUUCAAUUUCAUUCUAAGUGCAGAAAGGUGAACCUAACUCACUUAUGUUUUGCUGAUGAUCUACUUAUCUUUUGCAAAGCUAGUUUAGAUUCAAAUGUUAGGGUGAAAUGUGUUUUGGAGAGGUUCUAUGAGAUAUCUGGACUGAGGCUUAAUGCUUCCAAAACUGAAAUUUUUAUUGAUGGUGUCAAUGGUAAUCAAAAGGCUUUGGUGCAUGAGGUUACUGGAUUCAAAAUUGGUUGCCUCCCUGUGAGAUAUUUAGGAGUACCUCUUGUCCCCAGGAAAUUAACUGAGAAGGAUUGUGUUAAUCUGCUUAUUCUCCCUGCUGCUGUGGUUAAAAGAGUGGACCAGCUUUGUGCUAGGUUCUUUUGGAAGGGAGGUGAUGUUCCAGCUAAGGGGGCUCGGGUUAAGGAGAUUCUUGUUGCUGAGGGCUCUCUUUGGGUUGCUUGGGUGAGGACAUAUGUUCUUAAAGGGGCUGAUUUCUGGUCUAUGGAGUGCAAAGCCUCGUUCAGCUGGAGCUUGAGGAAAAUUUUGAAAGCCAGGGAGGAAGUAUAUCCUCUGUUUGUAGGAAUCACGGAUUGGGACAAGGUCAAUGCUCGAUGGUUGUGGCAGGGGCUUAGGGGGAGGAAGGAGAAGGUUGGGUGGCAGAAGAUUAUAUGGUUCCCCAUGCAUAUACCCAAGCACUCCCUCAUUGCUUGGAUGGCGGUCCUUGAUAGGUUGCCUACUGCUGAUAGGCCGUUUGGUAAGGGAUUAUGCGGCUGUGUAGCAUUGAUAGAACUGUGGGAAAUUAGGAGGAGGAACUGGACUGGGCGUUAUCUCGAUUCAGAGCUUGGGGGAUUAGCACUCCCUAGGAGGUUGUCUCUGGUUUGGAUGUCUGUUUUUGGCUGUAGCAGUGAGUUUCUACUGCUUCUUGGAUAA